AUGUCUGAUAUUGACUCUCGUUUGACAACCAUCUACACAAAACACUAUAAUAAUGAUGAUAACAACAGCCAUAAUACUGAAAUUUAUUCACUUUUCCAAUCCAUCCUUAACUCGUAUAACAAUAAGUUAUGGUACCAAUUGACUUUACAACUGAAACAGUUGAUCAAAUUAGAUCCUCAAUUAUCACUAGAUCUAUACAAUGAUUUCAUCCUAUCCUUUCUUUUAGAUAAAUUGAAUCCCUUGGACAUUGUCAAUUUUCUGCUAUUUUCCCAAGAUAAUAACUAUGAACAUAAUUUAUCUGAUUUGAGAUUCCUGCUAAAUACAUUUGAUAAGAAAUUAAAUGAAUUGAAAAAUAAAAAUGAACCAAGAAGGAACUAUAUCAAUUAUCUGUACUCAAACCUUUUGAUUCACUUAGAAAUCUCUAAAAACCAAUUGUAUCUCAACAAUAUAGUUGUCGGCAAAGAUUAUCUAAACCAAUUUGAAUCCCUGUAUCUCAAUAACAAUAACAGCAGCAUUUUCUAUCCCCGCUCUAAUUCCAAUUCCAAUUCCAAUUCUAACCUGAACAGUAGUUUGAAGGAAGAACUUCCGAUCUUCAUUAUAAAUAAGUUCUACGAAGUUAAUUCUAUAUAUUAUGAUUUGAAAGGGGACUAUAACUCAUUUUACACAACAAGUUUGUUAUAUCUGUCUACUUUAGAUAAAAACAAUAACAAUGUAAUUGGUAAAGAGAGUGAGUAUGCAAACUUAAAUUCCGAUCUGCAACUAAAAUUAUGUAUUUCUGCAAUCAAAGGUGAUAAAAUCUAUAACUUUGGGGAACUGUUACAACAUCCAAUCUUAAAAGACUGUCUGCAAACAGAUUCCACUGCUCCGAACAGUCCCGUCAACCCAAAACUGAAAUAUGUCGUUGAUAUCCUGAUCAGUCUAUCACAAGGUGAUUUCAAUAGAUUCAAUGAAUUGCUAAACCAAGCUGCUGAGCCAUCAUCUCCAUACCGUGACUUAAACCUGUUCAACAUUACAGGAGAGGAUAAUCAAACAGAUACUUCAACAUUACUUUUCUUAAGACAGAAGAUUUGCAUCAUGACCUUGAUUGAAUUGAUCUUUGUUGAAAAUUUAAGAAUCUUAUCAUUCGAACAGAUCGCCAAGGCAACUCACCUCACUGAUAACAUCACUGACGUAGAGCACCUCAUUAUGAAAGCCAUUUCAUUGGGUUUAAUCAAGGGGUCAAUCGACCAAGUUAAUCAGUUGGUCACUAUUACCUGGGUUCAACCAAGAAUCAUCAAUUUGAACCAAAUCAAAAAAAUGAAUGAGAAAUUGAUUCAAUGGAAUUCCAAUGUCCAACAAUUAGCUAACCGCAUGGAUCAAUAUGGUUCCUCAAUCUGGGUAUAA